CCGAUAAGCUCGCCUUCUUAGCCUGAGCUCCUGUCAAGCAGACAGACAAUCACAAGCACGAAAUCUACUCCGAUCCAAUCUUCGGUUUGAAUUGUUGAUCUUGAUCCCACAACCACAAGCUCGGUCAUGGCUCCAUCCAGCAAGCUUGUCAAGACGAGCUCACUCCCGAAGCACCAGCGCAGUCUUGUCCAGCCGCUCCAUUCUCCCAGGCACAAGCGCGUCUCUGCCUUGUGCCCGGCUGCACCUGAGUCGUUGCUCCAAGAGUUGGUCACCGCCGCCGCCGCCUGCGACGCCCAUCAUCAGCCAAGAGCAAAGCGCGCCUCCGACGAGACUCUCGCCGUGCACGCUGGGGAGAACCUCGGGAAGAAGGGCGCGGACGUGGUUGGCACUGGCACUGGCACCGAGACAGACUCGAUCGCCACCCCGAUCGUGAGCGGCACGACGCACUGGUUCAAGAGCUCCGAGGACCUCAUCGCCUUCAAGGAAGGCCGGCGCCACAGCUUCGAGUACGGGCGCUACAGCAACCCGACGGUGAAGGUGCUGGAGGACAAGAUCAGCGCGCUGGAGAGAGCCGAGGCGACCCUGGUGACCUCCUCCGGCAUGAACGCCAUCACCACGACGCUCCUCGCCCUCGUCCCGCCCGGCGGCCACGUGGUGACCACCACCGACUGCUACAGCGAGGCGCGCGUGUUCAUCCGUGACAAGCUCUCCAGGAUGGGCAUCCGAUCGACGUUCAUCGACCUCGACGACGGCAUGGAGUCGCUAAGUGCCGUCCUUGACGAGGACGACGACGACGUGACCCUCUUCUACGCCGACUCCCCGACGAACCCGACGCUCAAGUGCGUGGAUAUCAGGCACGCGGCUGAGCUCUGUCACCGGAAGGGUGCCCUGGUGUGCAUCGACAGCACCAUGGCGUCGCCCAUCAACCAGAAGCCGCUCACCCUCGGUGCCGACCUUGUCCUGCACUCCGCCACCAAGUACAUGGCCGGCCACCAUGAUGCCAUCGCCGGAUGCGUCAGCGGUUCGGCGGCGCUCAUCUCCAGAAUACGCGCUUGGCACCACGACAUCGGGGGCGCCAUCUCUCCGAACGCGGCGUACAUGGUCAUCCGUGGGCUCAAAACGAUGGCGCUCCGCGUGGAGGCACAUAACAGUACGGCGCUGCGAAUGGCACGCAUCCUAGAGCGCCACCCAAAGAUCGAGCGGGUGCACUACCCUGGGCUGGAGAGCAGCCCCUGGCAUGAGGUUGCGACGAGUCAGAUGUCGGGGUACGGAGGCGUUGUGAGCUUCGAGCUGAAGGCGGACUUGCAUGGUACCAUGAGCUUUGUGGAUGCGCUAGAAAUCCCCUUCAUCGCGACCUCGCUAGGCGGGUGCGAGAGCCUGGUGCAGCAGCCGGCGGUCAUGUCAUUCUGGGGACAGAGCCAGGAGGAGAAGGCCAAGAAUGGCAUCAAGGACAACAUGGUCAGGUUCAGUUUUGGAAUUGAGAAGUUUCAGGAUCUCAGGGAUGAUAUACUUCAAGCGCUAAACAGGAUUUAAUUACCUAGGAAGCGCCAUCGACUCAGUACGGUUUUGUAGCUAGGUUUUGACUUAGCUUGCUAGAUACUUAUAUAUAUUUAUUAUACGUAUCAUGUAUGUGUUCAGCAAUUAGUUUUUUAGCUAAUUAUAAUCAACAUCAUAGAGUAGUUUAGACAUAAAUAGGAUCGAUAUUCUUUCAUUUCACUGUACAAGACCGAUGGGCUCACAAACAAUUUUUCCAUCAUAUAUUCAAGAUAAGUUUUUUA